GCGGUUUUGCUCGUGGUGUUUCUUGCUAGGCUCCUGUAUUCUGAGGUCUGGAGAGUAACUGUCGCUCAAAGGCUCUGCGGGUGGAGCGCGGGCGGAGGUGUGUUUCUCCAGUGGUAUCCUGUGCCUUACCUUACUGGGUGCUCUGAGUCCAGUUCUGUAGUCUUCAAUUAAUCAGACACCAUGGAGGCACCCCCAGUUACCAUGAUGCCUGUUACUGGGGGCACCAUUAACAUGAUGGAGUACCUGCUUCAGGGAAGUGUUUUAGACCACAGUUUGGAAAGCCUUAUCCACCGCCUUCGUGGUUUAUGUGACAACAUGGAACCUGAAACUUUCCUUGACCAUGAGAUGGUAUUCCUCCUGAAGGGCCAGCAGGCCAGCCCAUUUGUCCUGAGGGCCCGGCGCUCUAUGGAUAGAGCAGGGGCACCCUGGCAUCUGCGUUACCUGGGACAGCCAGAAAUGGGAGACAAGAACCGAUAUGCUUUGGUGCGAAACUGUGUGGACAUUGCCACAUCUGAAAACCUCACAGAUUUCUUGAUGGAAAUGGGCUUCCGCAUGGACCAUGAGUUUGUUGCCAAGGGACACUUGUUUCGUAAGGGCAUUAUGAAGAUUAUGGUAUACAAGAUUUUCCGCAUCCUGGUGCCAGGGAACACAGACAGCACUGAAGCCUUGUCGCUCUCCUAUCUUGUGGAAUUAAGUGUUGUUGCACCAGCUGGGCAGGACGUGGUCUCUGAUGACAUGAGGAACUUUGCUGAGCAGCUGAAACCUCUGGUUCACCUGGAGAAAAUAGACCCCAAAAGGCUCAUGUGACUAARACAGUCUGUCCUCAUAUGUUAGAAAAAAGAUGUUAUAAAUGCCCCAGUWUACCACUGCCAGCCAGGUGUUGCUCAGGAAGGACAGUGAGAAUUUACUUGGUUCUUUGCCGUGUAUUCCUCGUGAGGUUUCACAUUCAUGGCAGCCUUUUUAUUUUUAUUUUUAAAAUUUUUUAUUUUUUGGUACUUGGAACUGAACCUAGGGACGC